AGUCCAUUGAAUACGUUGCCCUUCCACUCCGACCCGGUCGUGCUGGCAUUCUCUGUUCUGCAACUCGAUCGUGGACGACAGACUACAGAGUUCCCUGAAUUUAGCUUAUUCUCAUAACGGUCAAUUUUUCUUCUUAUAUAGAUUGGGAGCAGAGGGCUCUGGGAAAAUGCUGCCACAGCGGAUGAAGAAAGCAUUCACAGACAAUCCAAGGAAGGUUGCAAACUUGAUUGACCUUGUAAAUCUUCCAUCAACACUUCGAACAUUUGUUGGGCAGUCACAGAUAUCUCGCUUGGGCUGUUUCAUGCAUGUCUGGUCAUACAUCAAGACCAAUAAUCUCCAGGAUCCGAACAACAAAAAUGUGGUUAAUUGUGAUGAGAAGCUGAAGAGUAUUUUGUUGGGCAAGCCUCAGGUCGAACUGGUUGAACUCCCAGCACUGAUCAAACUGCACUUUCCUAAAGAGCCAAAGUAGUGAAUUGACGUUGGAGAUUCUUAUCUUCUUCUGAAAUGGUCUUGUUUUCAUUGUUGCAUUUUUAUUAUAACUCCUUAACUUGUAAUUUGUGAAAUCAAUGCAUUAUCACUUACCACUUUUGGUAUCUCUCGCUCUCCAUGAGCUUCUGGUAUCAAAUAAAAAAGUGUUCUUAUUUACUUA